GCCCGCUGCAGGCAGUCGAGGACUGUUCCGGCGGGAAGAGAUGGAUGAGAGGAGGAGAGGAGGAGGAGGAUGUGACUGUUCGUGACGGGCGGGUGUGGAUCCGGAUGCGUGGAGUGGAUAUCGUAGUCAGAUGCGAUAUGCUGUUUGUUCUGAUAUUGAUAUGAUACUGUGCUGUGUUGACUGUUGUUAUUGUAUCUGUGUUUCUGUUGUGUUUACUGUGUGUUUACUAUAUCUAUUGUGUUUGCUGUAUUGUCUUUAUUGUGUUUAUUGUAUUUAUUGGUUCUUCCUGUCUUCUUACACUCCUCUCUGUUCUCCUCUUCUUCUCUUCCUCCUCUCAUCGUGCUCACUGCUCACUGCUCAGCAGAUCUCUGUCCUCUUUUUUAUCUGAUCUGUUUACUACAUUACUGCAUUACUGCUGAUAUACACUGUGCUUCUCAUACUCACUCUCUAUAUCAUCAUCUACUCUCUAUCUCAUCCUCCUACUCUCUUGAUCUCUCCGUGAUAUCAUGGCAACUCCAUACGCUCGUGCUCUCUACUCCCUCUACUUUUCCAUGUCUACAUAAUCCUCUUUAAUCCACAUACUCUCUAUCAUCUCAUCGUCUCUACUCUACUUCUACUCUACUGCAGUCCACUGUAGUCUACUCUAUCUACGUACAACGUACAAGCUGUUCUUAAUAUAAGUAAGCCGCAUAUUAAGUAAUCAUACCCAGAAUAACUUCCCCCUCUCCAAAUCCCACCCUCCUCCAAUCCUGGGUCUCAUCUUCCGAUCCUCCUCACAUCCAUCUUCUCCCAUCCUCUCCUCCUCUCC